AUGCCUGUUCCGUGUGAAAAACGAACCGAAAUGCAGGCGCCAGAGUUCAAGGACUUUGCGAAGGAGAUGGUCGAUUACAUCUCCAACUAUCUCGAGAACAUCCGCGACAGACGUGUUCUACCAACCGUUCAGCCGGGCUAUCUGCGACCGCUAAUCCCCGAUGAAGCACCCCAGCAGCCGGAAAAGUGGGAAGAAGUGAUGGCCGACGUUGAGCGGGUUAUUAUGCCGGGCGUUACGCACUGGCACAGCCCGAAGUUCCACGCGUACUUCCCCACGGCCAACUCUUAUCCGGCGAUCGUGGCUGAUAUGCUGAGCGGUGCCAUCGCUUGUAUUGGGUUUACUUGGAUUGCUAGCCCCGCUUGUACUGAGCUUGAAGUGGUGAUGCUGGAUUGGCUGGGCAAGAUGUUGGACCUUCCGAAUGAGUUCCUUGCGUGUUCCGGUGGACAGGGCGGUGGAGUUAUCCAAGGCACCGCCAGUGAGGCCACUCUUGUUGCGCUGCUCGGUGCUAAGGCGAAGGCAAUGAAGCGUGCCAAGGAGGAACAUCCCGACUGGGACGAUCAUACCAUCGUGUCAAAGCUGGUUGGAUACACAUCCAAUCAAUCUCACUCCUCGGUGGAGCGUGCCGGAUUGCUCGGAGGCGUGAAGCUGCGUGGCCUGAAAGCGGACGAAAACCUAAAGCUUCGCGGUGAAACGCUCGAAAAAGCCAUCAAGGAAGAUCUCGAAGCGGGACUGAUUCCGUUCUACGUGGUAGCCACGCUCGGCACGACCAACACCUGCGCAUUCGAUCGACUCGAUGAGAUCGGCCCGGUCGCCAAUCGGUACAAUGUCUGGGUGCACGUUGAUGCAGCAUAUGCCGGAUCGGCCUUCAUCUGUCCAGAGUAUCGCUACCUGAUGAAGGGUAUCGAGACGGCCGAUUCGUUCAACUUCAACCCGCACAAGUGGAUGCUGGUGAACUUUGACUGCAGCGCCAUGUGGCUGAAGGAGCCGUACUGGAUUGUGAACGCGUUCAAUGUGGAUCCGCUCUACCUGAAACACGACAUGCAGGGUUCUGCACCGGACUAUCGCCACUGGCAGAUUCCGCUCGGUCGUCGUUUCCGUGCGCUCAAGCUGUGGUUCGUGCUGCGGCUGUACGGUGUGGAAAAUCUGCAGGCCCACAUCCGGCGUCACUGCGGGUUCGCGAAACAGUUCGAAGCGCUGUGCUGUGCGGAUGAACGUUUCGAGAUUUUCGGCGAGGUGCAGAUGGGUCUCGUGUGCUUCAAGCUGAAGGGCUCGAACGAGCUGAACGAGGCACUGCUCAAGCGCAUCAACGGUCGCGGUAACAUUCAUCUGGUCCCGUCCAAGGUGAACGAUGUGUACUUCCUGCGUAUGGCGGUGUGUUCGCGCUUCACCGAAACGUCCGACAUCGACUACUCGUGGAAGGAGGUGUCGGCGGCCGCUGAUGAGCUGCUGGCCGAGCAGAAGAAGUAA